AUGCGAUAUUCAAUCACCGCCAUCACACUUGCUCUCUUGGCAACAGCCAUCCAUGCCUCUCCUAUCCAAUUACAGUCUCGAGACAUAAUCAUUAUCGACUCCUCCUCCAAAUCCUCCAACCCCACCCCACCAACCGGCGCUCCCGCACCUCCAGCCAACGCUCCUGCACCUCCAGCCAACGCUACCGCACCACUAGCCAACGCUCCCCCACUUCAAGCCAACGCUCCCGCACCUCCAGCCAACGCUACUGCACCACUAGCUGGCGCUCCAGCACCUCCAGCCAACGCUCCUGCACCUCCAGCCAACGCUACUGCACCAGCCGGCGCCCCUGCACCUCCAGCUAACGCUCCUGCACCUCCAGCCAACGCCCCUGCACCUCCAGCCAACGCUACUGCACCAGCCGGCGCCCCUGCACCUCCAGCUAACGCUCCUGCACCUCCUGCCAACGCUACUGCACCAGCCGGCGUUCCUGCACCUCCAGCUAACGCUCCCGCACCUCCAGCCAAAGCUCCCGCACCUCUCGCCAAGGCCCUCGCCGCCCCACCAACCUCCGCCUCCAUAACCGACGCGACCCCCAUCCCCCUCUCCAACAGCAACAGCAACAGCACCAGCUCCUCAGCCCCUAGCACCAUCACCGCCACCGUAACCGAUCCAAAAACUAACGUAACAGGUAACGUGUUCCCCGGUACGGCCGCAAACUGCACUACGUUUUUCAUCGUCUCGGAGGGAGAGACGUGCGAUGAGAUUGAUGCUAAGAAUGGCAUUACGCUGGAUGUUUUGCGCAGUUUGAAUACCGGGAUUAAUGCUGGGUGUAUGAAUUUGAGUGUGGGGCAGGCGGUUUGUGUUAAGACUUAG